AAACGAUAAGUAAAAAAUAAAACUCGUAUAAAGAAAAGAAAAUUUUUUCAUUCAACUUUUUAUCCAAAUAAGAAAUAUUAAAACAAAAUAAAAAUUUAUAAAUUGAACUCAAUAAGAGCCAUUAACUAAUCGGUUUUCGAAUCAACUUUGUUUGCCAUGGAUCACAGGAAUAUGAAUAUAUCACGUCUUCCAGGACCUGCUAUAAAUCCACUAGUAGAAAAUUCAGAUGAGCCACAGCCCAGUCUAUCGGACUUGCAUGAUUUUGAACCAAAACUCGAGUUCGAUGAUACAGAGUUGUUAGCAACCCCAAUUGCACCACAAAAUGAUGUUAUGGAUGAUGAUUUUGUGGUAACUGAAGAUUGCAAUUCAGAACCAGAGGAUAUAGUUAAUCCUUUGGAAGAUGACUUCGAAGAUCAAUUGAGAGAAGAAACUGAAAAUUUCAGUAUUUCUCCUAAACGUACAAAUUGUGAUUUUUUGGGUACCGAUAAACAAGGACGUCAUAUAUUUGCUAUAUACGCUUCAAGAUUUCCAGAGAAAUCACAAAUGGAAAUAUUCAUAAGGGAUGUUAUUAAAGAAAUCGAACCAUUUGUUGAAAACGAUUAUAUAUUAGUGUAUUUCCAUCAAGGCUUGAAGGAGGAUAACAAACCCUCCGCCCAAUUUCUUUGGAACUCCUAUAAAGAACUUGAUAGAAAUUUUCGCAAAAAUCUAAAAAAUCUAUAUGUGGUUCAUCCAACUUGGUUUAUACGUGUCAUAUGGAACUUCUUUAGUCCCUUCAUCAGCGAGAAGUUCCGCAAAAAGUUGGUCUACAUAUCAAGUUUAGAUGAGCUACGUCAAGCUUUGGGUCUGUCGAAGCUUAAGCUACCUGAUAAUAUUUGUGAUCUAGAUGAUCGUCUAAAUCACAAUCGCAAAUACGCUCCCAGCAGUAACAACAACAUCAGUACAUCACACAUGGCAAAAACAACACAAUUUGGGGUGACCCUUAAAUUUAUAGUUACUAACAGUCCAUGCUUGAAUUCCAUACCACCAAUUGUACGCAAAUGUGUUGACUCUCUAUCCAUAACUGGUAUGAUCGAUACUGAGGGUAUAUUCCGUCGUUCUGGCAAUCAUAGUGAAAUCAUUGCCCUCAAAGAUCGUGUUAAUCGCGGCGAAGAUGUAGAUCUUAAAGAAGUUAAUGUACAUGUUAUAGCUGGCCUAUUAAAAAGUUUUCUUCGUGAUCUUACUGAGCCCUUGUUGACAUUUGAACUUUAUGAUGAAAUAACCAGUUUCUUGGAAUGGCCUAAAGAGGAUAGAUCCCGCAAUGUUACCAUGUUAAUACGUGAAAGAUUACCUGAAGAAAACUAUGAAUUAUUCAAAUAUAUUGUAGAGUUCUUAGUAAGAGUUAUGGAAUGUGAAGAUCUCAAUAAGAUGACUUCAUCCAAUUUGGCCAUAGUGUUUGGUCCAAACUUUUUAUGGUCUGGUAAAAAUACAACAUCACUUGAUGAAAUUGCACCCAUAAAUGCGUUUGUAGAUUUUGUUUUACAAAACCACAGGGACAUUUACUUGGUUGAUAUCAAUCAACGCCCAACACCUAUUGGCUAAAUGUACAGGAUUUAUUCUCAAUCAUAAUCACGGCAAUACUGAUUGUUUCAACAAUUCCCACACUUAAUCAUAUAAAUUAAAAAUUAAUAAACUAAAAAAAAGUCUACAAGAUAAUAUUCUAAAAUUUUAUGUAAUCAAUUUAGUGUAUUUCAAUAAUUCAUCACUUAUUAUACAAUUAGUUAUAUUAUAUUAUUUUUUUUUUUUUUUUAAUUUUUAUUUCCUAAUUAAGGUGAUUUGUGUGUAAUCAAUUAAAAAUAAACAAUUUAGCUUUUAAGUCUAAUGAUUUGUAUAUUUUUAUUUAUCUAUGUAUUCAAAUGUACUAACUUUACAAGUAAUUUUAUGUGAAACCAACAAUCAAAUUGAAAUAAACCCAUAUUUGUUGUAUAUUUGUUUAUUUAAAUUUAAAAUAUUUAUUUACCAAAGAAUUACAAACAAAAUGAAAGAAGAAUUUAAAGAAUAAAAUGUUGUGUUGAUGUUGAUUUUAUCCUAUAGUUUAUUUGUAUUUUGAAUUUGUCAUAUACACAUGAGCUGUUUUUUUAACUAAAUCAAAUAUUAAACUAAAACUAACAUUAGUUCUCUCCAUAAAUCUAAUGUCACAAUAACAAAACUACAUUAUUAUAUUUAAGUGGUGUGAAUGUGUUACACAAAAAUGUCCACCUACCACAAAUAAAUGAUUUUAAUGUUCCAAAUUAAUUAAGUAAUGUACGUACGUAUAAACAUCUUUAUAGCUUUUAAGAAAUUUAAAUUACAUUUUAUUUGGCAAAUAUCAAAAUUACCAUAAUUAAACAAAAAACAAAAAUUUGCACUAAUCUGUACACACAAUUAAUUUAUUUGGAAACAUUUUUAUAAACAAACAAAAAUAAGAAAAAUAGAAGUUAACAACGCACACCAAAAAUAUAAAAAUAAGAAAAGUUUUAAACUUUGUAAUAUAAAUGUUUUUUUAAAUGUUAUAUUAACAAAAAAUAAACAAAUAUUUAUAAAAACAA